UUAUGUAUGUCAGAUUUUCGCAUUUUUUUUAAUUUGAUACAAACUGAUAAAAAUUCUAUAUUGUGUUCAUACUUUGUGUAGUGUUGCCAGACUGCCCUUAUUUUAAGCUCAGAGCAGAGACCGUCUCGUCUUUAUCUGUGGCAGAGACAAGUCUCCAUCAUCAGCUGUACCGACUUUUAACACGCAACCAUAAAAAAAAUAACAUUUUAUAAAAAAAAAUAUUUUAUUUACUUUUUGCGUGCGACAUUCCAUACAAGACCGCCCAAAAUAAGAAGAUAACGUGUGGAACAUGACCGCAAUCAAUUAUGAUUUUAAGGUUUAAAUUUGGGAGGAAAUUCUCCCAAUAUCUAAAGAAGGAUACUAUGGGGGACAGACUGAGGUAUUUUCCCAAUCCUAAACCAGUUUUUAGUCCAAAAUUUGGAGUCCCCAGUAUUCCCCAAGAGCAAAUUAGAGACAGUCUGAAUGAGAUGGUUUUAAGAAUAUCGAAAGAAUUCCCGGCUACUGAUCGAAAUGCAGCUGAUGGAAUCUAUUUGGGUACUGCUGGAAUUGGAUAUAUGUUUUACCAUGUUAGCAAACAUUCUACGUUCAGUUUUAACAAGGAUAUUUAUCUACAAAAAGCUCUUCAGUACAUCCAACCGGCUCUAAAAGCGGCACAGUCGACUAAAUCCUUGAAGGAUUUUCCCUCGUUUAUUUUGGGACCUGCAGGAGUUUAUGCCGUUGCAGCUGUAUUGUAUAAUUCCAUUGGAGAUGCGAAUCAAAGUCAAUAUUUUAGGGAAUUAUAUUACGAAUCAUCAAAAUAUUGCAGCGAGCCAAAUUUUUUAAAUUGUGGUUCAGAUGAACUUUUUGUUGGACGGGCAGGGUACAUAAUGGGUGCUUUGUGGCUGGCUAAGGAGACAAAUACCCCUUUAAGAAAAAGCGAUCUCUAUAGCUUAUGUAAAAUUAUUUUGGCUUCGGGAAGAAAAUAUGCUUUGAGUACUCGUUCCCCAUGUCCCUUAAUGUACUCAUAUUAUCAGGUGGAAUAUUUGGGUGCCGCUCAUGGCAUUUCUAGUAUUCUGCAGAGUAUCCUAUCUGUCCCGGGAUACUUAGAUGAAAAUCCUUCUGAUGCAAAUGAUAUAAAAAUAUCCAUUGAUUACUUGUUAAGUAUACAAACUCCCGAAGGGAAUUUUCCUGCGGCGACGGAUGAUAUUGGUCAUGAAUCGAAGUUAGUUCAUUGGUGUCAUGGAGCUGGAGGUGUAUUCUAUUUAAUGGCAAAAUCUUAUUUAGUAUUUCAAGAGGAAAAAUAUUUGCAAUCGUGCAGAAGAAUGGCCGAUUUAAUUUGGCAUAAAGGUCUGCUUAAAAAAGGGCCAGGCAUUUGUCACGGUGUUGCAGGGAAUGGAUACGUAUUCCUUAUUAUGUACAGAUUAACAUCUGAACCCCAGUAUCUGUACCAGGCCAUAUGUUUUUAUCAGUUUAUGGAAUCUGAUGCCUUCAAGUCCAAUGCGAGAACACCAGAUUGUCCAUUCAGUCUUUAUGAAGGAGUUGCUGGAACAGUAUGCUUUUUGGCAGAUUUAACGGAUCCGCUUAGUGCAGCAUUUCCUUUUUCGGAUAUAUUUUGAGAACUUUCAAGGCAGGACAUGAAAAUGUUUACAGUUAGUUUCAGAUGUGAAUUAUUUGUCUAAAAAAUAUUUACUAGAAUAUUAAUUAAAUAUCUACCUUCUU